CCUCCCCUAACUCCAUAAUUUUAUAAAUACCCUGCUUCAGGGCGUGUGUCUUCCACACUCCUUCCUAUCUCUUCUUCUUCAUCAUAUUCUCUGUGUUUGUACUUACUAUUAGUUUUUUAUUUUUCUCCAUAGCCCUCUCUGAUGCUAAACUAGCGAUCUCCGUCGUCGUCGACGACGACGAUGUCGAGAGACAGAUGAGUGAAGAGCCCAAGGAAGAGUUCGACUACACCCAAAGGGCACAAUGGCUUCGAGCUGCUGUCCUGGGAGCAAAUGAUGGGUUAGUCUCAACUGCAUCGUUGAUGAUGGGAGUUGGUGCUGUUAGACAAGACAGUAAGGCCAUGAUCAUCUCUGGUUUCGCUGGACUGGUCGCUGGUGCUUGUAGUAUGGCGAUAGGAGAGUUUGUAUCUGUUUACUCGCAGCUUGACAUUGAGAUGGCUCAGAUCAAGAGGGAGAAUCAAAGAGAAGGUGAAAGAGAGAGCAUUAAUGAAGAGAGUGAGAAAGAAAGUCUGCCUAACCCACUACAAGCAGCCACAGCAUCUGCGCUUGCGUUCUCCAUUGGAGCCAUGAUGCCACUGCUAGCAGCAUCGUUCAUAAAGGAGUAUAAGGUGAGGUUGGGGGUGGUUGCAGGUGUGUCAACCUUGGCUUUGUUGGUGUUUGGAGGGGUAGGGGCUGUGUUGGGAAAGGGCCCUGUGGGUAAGUCUUGUGUGAGGGUGUUGCUUGGUGGUUGGUUGGCCAUGGCUAUAACCUUUGGUCUCACCAAGUUGAUUGGUUCCAGUGGAUUGUAGGAAUAGAGUUUUCACUACAAUUUACACGUGU